CCAGACAGGUGACACAGAAAUCACUAUUGUAGUUUUAGUGCAAAUUGCUAUAAGGUAGGAGUUAGUUGUUAGUUCCUGACCAAUUUUGAUUUGCAAGUGUUUUAGUCCAUAAAAAAAGUAUCAGUGAAGUAUCUACGAAAUAGACAAAGUUCUAAGACCCAAUAUUUCAAUUCAGCAAGAAAGUUCGUGAAAGACGUUCACUUAUUUGUUAAUUUAUCAUCGUGUGAAUUCGUGUAGUCGGUAAAUUAAAAUUUUAAAUAUUUACCCUUGACCUGCAAAAAAAAAUCGUAACUACGUCAUUUUGAAGUACAAGAAUUACUUAGUUGGGAAAUAUAAUUGGUCUAUUCAGUUUAGUGCAAGUUAACCACGGGCCAACACGUAGUCAUGGACACAAGUGUCCAUUAGUAUUAAAUAAUUUUAUAGUUUUAAUUCUUUCAAUAUUAAAAGAAUAAUAAAAUUUCGAGUCAGUGUCAAACUUUACUUUUAAACGUGAGCAAUGGCGACUAUUUUACAAAAUCUUUUACAAACGCUGGAAGAAAAAAGUGACCCACGCACACGGGGCCUGCUUCUAGCUACGAACCCUAUCCCUUUAGCGAUCAUAUUGAUCAGCUACCUCUACUUCUGCACAUCAUGGGGUCCCAACUUCAUGAAGGAUAGAAAACCCUUCGCCUUAAAGAAUACCCUCAUAGCGUAUAACGCUUUUCAAGUUUUGUUUAGUGUUUAUCUGUGUCUUGGGGGAUGGUUCGCAGGAUGGCACGAUUGGCCAGAUUUCUUCUGCCAGCCUAUCGAUACCGAAGAUAAUGCGUCAAGCAGAGCUAUGCACCACGUGGCCCAUUGCUACUACUUGGCGAAGAUCACAGAGCUGCUAGACACGGUAUUCUUCGUGCUGAGGAAGAAGGACAAUCAGGUUACCUUCUUGCAUCUGUACCACCACGCCACCAUGCCUAUAUUCUCUUACUUUGGAUUGAGAUAUUUCCCUAAUGGCCACGGAACAUUGUUCGGCAUCAUGAACUCCUUUGUCCACAUCGUCAUGUACACUUACUACCUAAUUGCUGGCCUUGGGCCUCAGUACCAGAAGUAUCUGUGGUGGAAGAAACACGUCACUACCAUCCAGCUGGUCCAAUUCUUCCUGAUCUUCGCACACAACUUCCCCCCACUAUUCAGCAGUUGUACUUACCCCAAGUUCCUCCACGUCAUUCUAUGCACAGACGCAGCAUUCUUCUUCUACAUGUUUGGCAAGUUCUACAUCAAGAAUUAUCUUGUUAAAAACAAGUCACAUUUGAACGGGUCAGCCAACGGAAAAGUGAAGGCGAGAAUAGACUAAACAAAAAACCAGUAGUAUCUAAAAUAGUUAUUUAUAGAAAAUGUAUGUGAAGUGUACAAUUCAUAGAGGUGUUAACUAGUCAAAUUACCUUCUUUUUAAUACAUUAAUUCUCAAAAUAAGUUUGUAAAGGAUUUGAAUACGUUAAUAUAUCAAACUUGUUUGAAAAUUUUAAACAAACCGAGAAGUAAUGCUGUUCACUUUAUUUAAAAUGAUAGUUUGCGUCUAAUUUGUGAUUGGCAAUUUAUCUUUAACUGAAAAUACGUGCACCUUUGCGUGCUACUUAAUUUCUAGUAGUCUAAAUAGUAGUACUACGUUUAUUCUGAGUGUAUUUUGUGUAUACUUACAUUACAUUAUAAUACAGAGUGACUGUAAACGUUAAAUGUAUAUCAUCGUUAAUGUGGGACUAAAAAAAAAUAGAUCAUGUAUAUGCAUAUAUAAUGGGUAGUAAUAGGUAAUGUGAUGUUACAUGUGUGCAACGCCGUUUCUUUGGGAAACGUAGCCUGAAAAAUCCCUCAUUAUAACGUUGAUAAGUUCAAAUGACUGAUUGUAUUAUAAAAAUUUGGUUGAAAGUGUUGUGUUGUGGUUUUAGCGCCUAAAGUCGUAAAAAGUUUGAUAGUGAUAAACCGCGACUAUUUCACGCAUAGCUCAGUUCAUUAUGUUUUUACAACCUUACAAAAAAUGUAUGAAUCCCUAAAUAGUUGUAAAGAUACAAGUUCGUUAUGAAACUUUAAGUACAUUUGAAUCAUUCGCUUUUAAAUAGGAUAACGAAAUGACUAGCAUUAGCGAUGAAUAUAAUUAAUUAAUGCUAUAACUAGUUGUAAGGACAAUACUUUAAGAUAAUAAAUUGUUAAUUUUAUAUUAAUUCA